AGAGAGCCGAAUUGUGUCCCAUAUGUGGGGAAAAAAGCAUAGCAGUGCACAUGCAGGUCUGGUCUGCUCCAGGGAUUAUCCUAGCGCUUUCAGAUCUGAUGGAGGACAUGCAGGCAUGAAUAGGGCUGUUCUGUUGUCAGUGCAAGCUCAUGCCAGUGAUGGACUACAGCCGGACGGGCACUAACCUUAGCUGGCAUUCACAAAACAGCCUUCCUCCUUACUGAGACCAGCUCCACAGAAUGCUGAGUCCUAUUGUCCCUUAUAGCCUGUUAAAGAUGCACUGGAACCCAGAGCAUGCCCAGCCCCUCAGCCAGUGGCCUGAGCAGCACCUGGACGUCUCCUCCACCACCUCCUCUCCGGCCCACAAGUCAGAAUUCUACUCUGGCCGUAGCCGCAGCUCCUACAACUACGCCUGGGCCAAUGACGACAUCUCUGCCCUUACAGCCUCCAACUUAUUGAAGCGCUAUGCUGAGAAGUAUGCCGGCGUGCUGGACUCGCCAUAUGACCGGCCUUCUGCCGUGGGCACCUAUCCAGAGUCGGGGGCCUUUGGGAGCCUAAAUAACCAAAAGACUGAGCUGGAGCCUUGGGCACUGACGCACAGCACUGAAGCCUCCUAUCCCCUGGGGCCUCCUGGAGGCCAUGACGGCCUUUCGGGGUCCAAGACUGCCGCCACGUCCACGGGCCCUCCGGGGAUUGGCAGCGUGUCAGUAUUGAACAGUAACCUUUCAGACUCAGGUUACAGUGGUAGCAGCUCCUGCAGUGGGUCCACUGAGUACCCCUCUCGCUACAAUGGCACCUAUCUUUCCUCAGGUUUUUGUCCGCAACCUAACGCAGCACUUCCCCCUGCCUCCCUCCACACUCUCCAGUCCACUCCCACUCUUGUGCCCAGCUAUAGCCCUGCCACGCCAGUCUACAACUACCCCCCCAGCACAUACCCUCCUCAGACCAGCCUUGCUCCUGGCUACAGCCACCCAUCUUCGACUUACCUCCCCUCAGGUCUACCGACCCCUACCCCUGUUCCCUCAAGGCCCACUGUGGUAGGAGGCAGCUAUAGUUACCAGAGCACGAGCCUUGGGACGUCUGAAUCUGGAGGGACAUUGAAAAGAAAAGCUUUUGAGAUGGGUGUUGAAGAUGAUGAGAGUGGGGACCGGUCGCGGUACAGGAAAUACAGCUAUGACCCUGUGAAGGCUGGGGGAAACUCACCCUACAGUGUGAAUGAUAAAACGGAUUGCCAUGGAAAUGGCUUCAGUAGUUCAGGCAGCACAGACCCUCAGACCUUCAAGCCCAGUAAGCCCUCCUCUCAGCCCUUGGUGUCUCCUCAGUUUGGGACGGCAGGGCAGUACAGCCCUCCAACAGGCAUGACGGGGGAGAAUGGCAUGACAGAACGGGGAUUCACCCAGCAGCAGCAGCAGCAGCAGCAGCAUUCCCAGGCUGUCAAACACCCUCCAUUAUGUGCUCCAACUGCUGAGGUUAUGAAGAGUCCAGACCCGCGACUGUUAGACCUCAUCAAUGGGGAGUUAUUGGACUGCAUCCCCGCAUUGGGCUGGGGUGAGCUGGCUGGACUCACACAUGUCAAAGCUGCCCUGGAGGAGGACUUGAUGUGGCCCGUGUUGAGGCCAAGUCCAGUGGUGCAGCCACCAAGAACCGUCCUGCUGUUCGGCCCCAGAGGAGGGGGUAAGACGACACUGACUCGCUCACUGGCUUCACAGUUAGGGGCCUCCUUCUACCGUUUGAGUGGAACCAUGCUGGCAUCUAAAGGGAAGCCUGAGGCAGAACACAUUCUGGGGUCUCUUUUGCAGGUGGCGGGGGCACGGCAACCCUCAGUUGUGCUACUUAGUCAGGUGGAAGCCAUGGAAGAGGAGGGCCUGAGGCAGGUACUGCUGAACACCCUGGAGAAAGCUCAGGUGGGGACCACAGGUCUGGUGAUUCUCAUAUGCGCCACUGGAAGGCCAGAUCUGCUGCAAGAUGCUGUCCAUCGGAGCUUUGCCAAGCGAUACCACGUCGGCCUACCAGAUGUGGCUAUGCGCAGAGAGGUGCUGCUGCAGGCGCUGUCGCCCCAGGGCUUCAGCCUGAGUGAGAGGGAGCUGAACGGUGUGCUGCAGCGCACGGAGGGCUUCACUGUGCGCGAGCUGCUGCAGCUCAGCCAGCAGGUGCUCUCCUCAGCAUCCUCCUCAACUGGAGCCAUGCACGGCCUCACCACGUCCAGCAAACCACCCGACUUUACAGACUUCGAGAAUGCCUUCUGCAAGGUGCGGCCACACACCACCGCAAAGGAACUGGACACUUGUGUAGAGUGGAGCAAGAUGUAUAGCCACUGAGAAAGCAGCCAGUCACAGUACUCGGACUGCAUUAUGACCCUGUCUCUGCAUCGGCAUAGAAAGCCUUUGGAAUGUUUUUGUUUUUGUUUUUUGUAAUUACUUACAGAUUAUACAGCCAAAAGAGCCAGAGAAGCUCACAAAUAUGGGAGAGAUGACAAGGUUGUUUCACUGGCAGAAGCAUGCAAUGAUGUGCUGUUUUUGUUUUGCUGUAAAUACCCGCAAUAUUUUGUUUUUCCCAAAGAAAAUAAGGAUGGGGCUUGUUAAAGUGUAUUAGUAGUUUGGCCAAUGGGAAACCAGAUAACUAUUUUAUGACUCAGAGAUCCUGAUUAGCCUGGGUCCAGGACAAAAUCAAUUAUUUGUUGCAAGGUGAAGCGGUCCAAGCUUAUGGAUAAUCAGGGUUUGGAAAAUCCCUCCCCCCCUCCCCUUUGGCUGCUACUCUCAGGAUCCUAUUUAUUACCAGUCCACUUCCAUGCUUUCCAAAUGUUGAUUUACUCAUUGAAUUGCCACUAAUCAUUCAGUGCAAAGGGCUUGGGAUCUGCAACAUUUCAGCAAACCACAGUUUUGACCAAAAAACUUGUUAAACCAAAUACAAAAGCAGCAGUACUCUCAAAUUUCUCCAAAUGGGCUGGUUCUUCAAAUCGGUGUAUUGAUGUUGACAGCUUGUUACCAAAUCAUGAAACAGCAGCUUCUCCUUACUAUUCUGCAUCUUUAAUUUCCUGUCAUGUUAAAGAUCACAUACUUAAUUUUGUAUUAUUCACAUUCCGCCUUAAGUCCAGUUUCCCUCGAUAUCUUCAAUUAGAGCCACAUUAAUCCACCUGCACACCCAGCUUCUCCUUCAGCAUGUCUGUUUUUUCGAUUUCACUUACUGCUUUUUCUUUCUUUUUUUUUUUUUUGUAGUAUGUAGUCAUGUUUGAAAUGCUCAGGAAGAAUUUUACCUCAGAAAUAUGAAAUAAAGAAUGUAUGUAAUCGUAGGGUCUUAGUAGAGAGUGGCGGAGCGUGAGAUAAAGGUGCGAGGAGAAACCUGACGGUCUUGUAAUACCCACUUCAACGAGGCUUUUACCUCGGGAGAGAAACUUGAAUCUGCUACAAAGAGUAACAUUGAAUGUAAUUCAGGUAUUUCAAAGGAUUUUUGAUGCCAUAAAUCCAUGUAUUAUUAUAUAUGAAUAUAUACAUUUUUUUCUCUGUUCUUUUAACCUUUAUUUUUAUUGUAGUUUAUGGUGAAGUGACGAUUGUGUUGAAGAAAUGCUAUGUAGAAUACAGAAAAAAAUAUUCCUUUUUUGUUGGACAAACUGCUUGUAAAAAUCUGAUAUCUAGUGUUUACACAUCCUAUAUACAUGUCUGCAUUAUAAUUUCACCGCUGCGUAACAUCACUUGAAACUGUAAAUACAAUAAACACAAUCACCCACGACGAAGCACAAGAUGCCAUCCAAAAAGACGAGUUUUGAGAAGUAUGUGUAGCUUUUAACAAAUCCCAAAGUAUGAAAAUUCACAGCUGAUGUGUACAUAUUGUGGAAGAACCCAACAUGUAGACAAUCCAAAGCAAUCUCCCCUUUUCCAGCAGCUCUGUGGUUGUUUUAAUAAGCGGUAAAAACCCAAGUCCCUAGUCUGCUGCAGCAGCAGAGGUUGUGUGCAUUAGGCUGUUGCCAUGGUCCUGAGGAGGUAUAAACAUAAUGAUGUAAUAUUUCCUACCGUCCUUCUCCUCUAUCCGUCUCUCCCACCUUCAUCACUCUUUUUCUUUUUUUUCUGGUUUUCUCACUCCCCGAUGCAAUCUCAUUAGAUUGGAUUGCCCCCUGGCCACAAAACCCAGUGGCCAUGUGGCGUUGCAUCUUCUCCCCACCCCCUUCCCCUCUCCUUAUACCGAUUCCUCUGGAGUGGAUGGGGUCUGAUUGAUGUCCAGCAAUCCUAUAGCACAGUGCAGACCUCCCUUCCAGUUGGUAGCUUCAGUCAUGCUAUACAGCCCCCACUGACUAAACUGAUUGCUGUCUUGGAAAUUCAAAAAAACACUUUUUACAACUUGCAGAACAACCCCUGGCCCAUCAGCAUUGUGCUGGAACUGCAAGCGAUAAUUCAUUUGGUAAUUACAUAAAUUUAAAAAAACCUUUUGAUUGCCUGUGCCAUGUACUUCUCACAGUUUGUCCAACAAAACAAGCUUUUAUUUUGUACAUUUGGAUCUGUUAUCACAGUAACUUUGUUCUUGGUUAUUGUACAUUUUCUGUAACCAUUUCUACCUCAUUUUUGCGGCAUAUUGUACAUGAAAGUAUUUAUUUCAUGUCUUUUUUGAUGUCUGUUUAAAAAAACAAAAACAAAUAAUUAUGUUCUUGAACUGUAAUAGUCUACCUCAGAAAAGACUGUAUUUUAAGAUAAGAGUAUCAUACAAUAUUAAACAGAAUUUGUCAAUAUUA